AUGGCAUGCCUCCAAGAUCAAUCAACCCCGGAGACGGACGCCGAGAGAAGUGCCUCGCCAAUAACGAGCAAGAACAACCACCACGAAUCCGACAAACGAGAUGCGUCGGCCGAGGAUAUUCUUGCGCGGCAGGACUUGGAUCCCGGAAUGGACAAGAAGAUGCACCUGGUGAACAAUACCCUCGACGAGAUCGGAUGGACAAACUACCACUGGAAACUCUUCUUCCUCAGCGGCUUCGGCUUCUCCGUGGACGCGCUCCAGCUCAGCCUCCAGGGCAUCAUAUCCGUCCAGGCCGUGCUCGAGUUCCAGCCCUCCUACCCCAAGGGCCUCACCAUCGCCCUGUACACGGGCAUGCUCGUCGGCGCCCUCUUCUGGGGCCUCUUCGCCGACAUCAUCGGCCGCAAGACGGCCUUCAACACCUCCCUCCUCAUCUGCUCCGUCUUCACCGUGGCCGCCGGCGCCGCGCCCACCUGGGCCUCGCUCGGCUUCUUCAUCGCCGCGGCCGCCUUCGGCGCCGGCGGCAACCUGAUUCUCGACACGGCCGUCUUCCUCGAGCACCUCCCCUCGAGCAAGCAGUGGACGGUCAGCUGGCUGUCGGCCUGGUGGGGAGUAGGAUGCACGAUUGCCGGCCUAGUCGCCUGGGGCUAUAUGCCCGCCUUCUCCUGCGCGGCCGCAAGCGACUGCGCGAGAGGGGACAACCGCGGGUGGCGAUACCUCAUGUACACCAUGGGCGGGCUCAUCCUGCUCCUCAGCGCGCUCCGCGUCACCGUGAUCCGGCUCCGCGAAACGCCCAAGUUCCUCCUGGGACAGGGCAAGGACGCCGAGGUGGUCCGCGUGCUCGGGGAGCUGGCGGCGCGGUACGGGCGGCCCUGCUCCCUCGGCGUCGAGCAGCUCGAGGCCUGCGGCGCCGUCGGCUUCGCCCACGCCCGCAGCCGCUUCUCCCUGGGCGAGUUUGCCAUCCACGCCCGCGCCCUGUUCGCCACCGGCAAGAUGGCCCAGACUACCGUGCUGCUCUGGCUGUCGUGGGCCAUCAUCGGCCUGGCGUAUCCCCUGUUCAACGUCUUCCUGCCCUACUACCUCGCCAGCAGGGGCGUGCAGUUUGGCGUCGCGGGCACGUACCAGACGUGGCGCAACUAUGCUCUCGUCCAGGUAUGCGGCAUCCCUGGCCCCGUGCUAGGCGGCCACAUGGCGAAUUGCCGCGUCUUGGGACGCCGGUACACCAUGGUGGUUGGCGCCGUGGCCACAAUGGCCUUCUUCUUUGCGUACUCGCAGGUUGCGUCUCAGGAGGCCAGUGUUGCGUAUAGCUGCGUCAUCUCCUUCACGCUCGAGAUUUACUAUGGCGUCUUGUAUGGGUACACGGCGGAGACGCUGCCUUCUGCUCAUCGUGCUACGGGGAAUGGCAUUGCCGUCGCCUUUUGUCGAUUGACUGGGGCCAUGUCUGCUGUUGUGGCGACGUAUGCGAACCCGGCGACUGUCGCGCCCGUCUUUAUUUGUGCCGCCUUGUACGGGGGGUUGGCGGUAUGUGCAUUCUUGCUGCCCUUUGAGUCGUAUGGGAAGCGGGCUUCUUAA